AUGACCUCAACCCGCUCCACCCAUGGCACCAAAAGGCCAGUCAAGAACACUCGCUUUGCACACGAGCUGGAGUCGUCACAACAGCAACUGUCUGCGUCUAACAACUGGUCCAAGGAGGACAGCAUCGAGCAAGAGGACAGUAUUGAGCAUGAAGACUGUAUCGAUCAUGAGGCCGAUGAGACGGUUUGUCUCUCACAGGACCCGCUCUCGCAAGUCGCGGAAGACCGAUCGCCUCCACCAGUCUCCUCGCCUAUACCCGUCUCUUCACCUGUACCUGUACUGUUGUCUGCACCGGCACCAUCUUCGGAGAACAUUCCUCAGGCUUGGUGGACCUCUCUCCAACAAGAACAGCUAGUGGCCUACACUCAGCAACAGCAAGAGCUCUUUGCUCAGGCCGGGCGGGUGUACGAGAGGCUUCUCUCCUGCACCUCGCAGCAGGAAUACGAUCAGCUGACGUUGGUGAGGCAACACCUAGAUCAGAAAGAAAAGGAGCUUCGAUACAUGUUGGAAGCACGACAAGCCUGGGAAUCUUUCGCCCGUACAUACGAGCAGCGCCUGACGUACCUUAACUCCCGUACGCAGUCUAAUCCUUAG